AAGCCUCGCGCGUGGGCUAGCGUUAAGACACUAGCAAGCAGACUUUCAAGCACGUCGUGCGCGGCCAAAACACGCUCGUCGGCGCGUAAAACACAACGCCAAGCGCACUUCGCGUCUCAAUUGAUCAAGUAUUAGACGGCUGUGACAGUAGAAGCGACGCCGCCGCGCUAGGUGACCGCACCAAACCAAAUGGCUGCACAGCCCCCGCAAGCCUCCCCGGUCUCCCAGGCCCACGCCACCUACACCCACGGCCAGGACGCCGGGGAUUUAGCCGCGCGCGCGCGCGAGCUGGGCCUCGAGCGGCGCGCGGCGCUGCUGGAGGCGUCGCGGCAGCGGCACUCGUUGUACGGCGGCACGCUCAAGUCGACGCGGCUGCGGCUCGCGGUGCUCGCGUCGUUCGACCCCGACCUCGAGGAGGAGGACUGGCAGCGGACGCCGUCGACGCCGACCGCGCGGCGGCCGCUCGACCGGUCGCCGUCGUGGCUCGAGGACGUCGAGGCGCGCCGCGAGGCGCGCCAGAGCGGCUUCACGCUGCAGCAGGCGUUCCUGGCGACGGUCAAGUCGGCCGUCGGCCCCGCGGUGCUGUACAUGCCCCGGGGCUUCGAGGAGGGCGGCCUCGCGUUUUCGUUAGGCAUGCUCGUCCUCAGCUUCGCGCUCUUCGGGCUCGGCGCGACGCGGCUGCUGGAGGCCUGGGCGCUCCACGGCCGGAGCUACUCCGGGCUCAUGGGCAAGGCCUUUGGGCUCAAGGGCGUCUACCUCUGCCGCGUCACGAUCGUGCUGCAGCAGUGCGGCAUCUGCCUCACGUACGUCAUCUUCAUCGCGACGAACUGCCGCGAGCUCUGGGCCUACUGGACCGGCGCGACGCCGACGCUGGCGACGUGCUGCGCGCUGCAGCUCCUCGUGCUCGUGCCGCUCUCGUGGAUCCGCGACAUGCAGACGUUCGCGACGACGAACCUCAUCGCGAACGCGCUGAUUCUGUACGCGUUGAUCGUGCUGGCGCUCCACGCGACGACGACGAUCGCGCACGACCCGCCGGCCUCACUAACGACGCUGCCGCUCUUCAACCGCGAGUCGUUCUAUUUGUUUGUUGGGACGUCUGCCUUCGUCUACGAGGGCUCCGCCGCGCUCGUCGUGCCCCGUGUGAAAAUCAACCAGUGCGUCGGGUGCACCCGACAAUUCUUCACUAAGUCAAUCGGCGAUGAUGUGGCCGUGCUGGCCCGGCCGAGCGGCGAGGAACCGGCAUCGCCACGCCAUCGAGCAGGCGUCGCAUCGAUGGCGUGGAGGUCGACGCGAAGAUUCAGCACGAACCCGCCGUAAAAUUUUGAUUUCCACACAGGUCGUGCCGCUCCAAGAGGCCGUCAAGCCGGACCGGCGCGCCGACUUCUCGAAGAUGUACGUGCGGACGUGCGCGGGUAUUAUUGCGACCUAUAUCUUCUUCGGUGCGCUGAACUGGAUCGCCUAUGGCAAGAGCACGCAGGUCGUCCUCACGCUGAACCUGCCGCGCGGGCCGUGGAAGGCGUCCGUCCAGCUCGCCUAUUCGUUGGCCGUCGUCUUCACGUUCCCGCUGCAGCUCUACCCCGCCGUGCAGAUCCUCAAAUCGGUGGGCCGCAAGCUGAAGCGGCUGUCCGUGUCGCGCGUCGGGUACGUGGCCAUCGACGACCCGACGACGGUCGAGCCGCCGUCGGAGACGGACACCGAGGCCGACACGCCGACGCGCGCGAUCAAGCCGCCGCGGCCGCGCACGUCCAAGCUCGAGGGCAACGCCGCGCGGACCGCGGUCGUCGCGGUCCUCGUCGCCGUCGCCAUCGCCGAGGUCCGGCGCCUCGACAAGAUCGUCGCGCUCGUCGGCGGCUUCCUCGGCAUCCCGCUCGCCUUCGUCUACCCGCUCGCCGUGCACCUCCGCCUCGUGCCGAACGCGCCGGCGCGGACGCGCGCGCUGAGCAUCGUUGCCAUGGGCGUCGGCGCCGUGCUCGGUUUGGUUUGCUCGGCCGUGACUUUGCUGACGUGGAACCGGUCUUGAUUUGAUGUCGGGCUUAAGUAGUGUUGUUUAU